AUGUCAUCGAAUAUUGAUCGUGAAAUGAUGGCUCCAUCUUUGGCAGAGGCUGAAGCGAGUCUACAAGUCCUUACCAAGGCCGGAAUUACGGAACUUAUGACCUUCCGUAAACCACCUCUUAGUAUUAUUUACAUACUUGAAGGCAUAACUGUAUUGUUGGUUCCAUCAAAACGGAUGUCCGAUUGGUAUGAAAUUAAGAAGUGGUUGGGUACCAAAGUCAAUGAGCUUUUGAUGAUGUUGCUUAACUUUGAUAGAGAUCAAGUCAAUGAAGAACAACUGGAAUGUCUCAAAUCUAUUUUGGUUCGUCCAGAAUGCGAGCCUGAACGGGUUCGAUGCUGUUCUCUAGCAGGCUAUCAACUGUGUCUGUGGCUUAGAGCUAUCGCUAAUUAUUCAACACUCCAACGACAAUAUCAACAAACUGUGUAAAGCACAACUAUAGUUGAGAAUUAACUGAAAUAAAUUAGAAUGAGUUUGAUAAACUUUUUUUUGGAUUGAAAAUUCGUAAUGACCAAUCGUCAAUUCUUUGAAUGCAAUCGUACAUAAUGAAACGAGUUACACUCACGUAACUUAUGUGAUUAACCAUAUAUGAACUCGUUCUCAUAAGUAGACUUUAAACACAAUAAAGUUAGUAAUUAUUAUAUUCGUUUUCCUUCGUACUGACAGGCUAAUUUCCAAGUGGUACGAUCAUGAUCUAGUAAUGAUAAAAAAAAAAGUCGUUUAUUAGUUCAAUUACAUAAUAGAUGAGUAUCAAUUUUCAGUAAAUGACAUCUCAAAGCGGCAGAUAUUCUCAGAAUGAGAUCACAGAAACUUGACGAUAAUAAAAGAAACAGUUGAGUUUCAUACAAAUAUUUAUUAUUGGAAAGACUUUUCAUAAUGUGAACGAUAUUACAAAUAGUGUUGCUUAUUUUUCAAGCAGGCUGGACUCUUGAUUACUUCAAAGCAAUGCAAUCUUUUUCCAUGUUAAGCCUACACAUACAUUCUUCUUACUCUUCUUGCUUCUCUCCAUAUCUCUAUUCUUUCUCGUUCAUUUAUUUUCACUCUUUUUUUCUCUCGUAUUCUUUGGCUUACUUUCUCGAGGCAAUAUAACUAUUCUCUGCUCUAACGAUAACAGACGAAACACUCCAAUUUCAAUCUCACAAACUGAUGAAGAUAUCUCACAGCCCCGUGCUUCUUCUUUAUUAUUUCCUAUGUCGUCAUUCGUUCUUCAAUAUGUUUUAGGUAUCCUAUAUUCGAAAAAAUUCUUCGUAUUGCAUCUCUCAGCGAUUGACUUGUCCGAGUAUUUUAGUCAAGCAUUGAAAACGUCUCGCCAUGAACGGGAUUCAAUUGAAUUAUCAACAAACUAUUUUCAUGACUCGAGCAAGACAAGAAUAUUACCAUCGAUGCAGAGUUAAGUAAAAGCAAAAAUAAAUGAAUAUUGAUCUAAAACAAUGCUUUAUAUUGAUUCAGCUCAUUCGACGGAUCGAAAAUGAGUAUAAUGUGUAUGUAUCAUGACAGUUGCAUUUUUAUUCUCAAACAAUAAAUAACUUCUGCAAUAGAAUAUUUGAGAUCAGAUAGUUGCAAUUUAUCAAACUUUUCUAUCUCUACGUUAAUAUUUUGUCUUUCUAUAAUAACUAUUCAUUGGUGAACAUGAUUCAUCGGUUGGCACAUCUUAUUUUAAAGAAGUCAAGAGUUAAUGAGUAGUUUUAUCCAGAAGAGUUCUAUGAAUUUUUUUGUGCAGAGGCUGAAACUAAUAUAAAUUGUUGUACGCGAUUAUCGUUUGAAAAGUAAGUAUGUUAUCUUCAAAUGGUUAGAAAACGAUGCUUUUAUAUUAUUUAUACAUGGCUUAUGUUACUAUUGCUUUUGAUUAUUAUAUUCUUACAUCGAAAUAGUAACAUAGCGAGCUUUGCACGAGCAUACAAUACACCAUAUGCUAGAGAUAUCCUUAGUUACAACAGUUAGCUGAAUGAUUAUCAUCGAUUUGACACUCGAAUAACUCAUCGGAAAUUUUUUCAAGAUUACUUUGUAAUAUUCGAAGACUUCGCUUGGAUUAAAAAACCAACAUUGCACUCAAUUUCGUAUGAGCAACUACAUGCAUUAUUGUUUGGAUCUGACGUGCCCAAUUUGCAUGAAUCAUGGUCGAAUCAUUUUAAGAAAACGUUUGAUGGUUCUUAUCCACAUAUAUCUCUUAUAUAGUGCUGGUUCACUUCAAUACUAAAUGAAACUGACGUACCCAUUCAUCUUAUUGUUGAAAUAGGCAUUUUCAUGGGAAAAUCGACAAUAAAUACAGAUUUUAUUCUUCGUAAUGAUAGAUGCUUGUCAACAACUAUUUUACUUUGCAUUGAUAUAUGGCUUAAUGGAUUAGAGUAUUAGAUUUAUUAUGACUUGCGAAACAUGAUGUGUACUGAAUAUGGUAGACCAAUCGUUUACGAAUCAUUCAUUGCUAAUAUCAUAUCUAUCAUACAUUUUUCGAGCACAUCUAUAUCAGAUGCACGAUUUUUGCUUGAAAAGAAGAUCGUACCGCAAAUAAUUUGUUUCGAUAGUGCUCAACUACAAGAUGAAACAUUUAGUGAAUUCGAGUUCUACUGAACGCUUCUUCAACCUGAUGAACCUCCCAUUGGAGAUGAUUGGGAUUCGCGAUCUGUAUGUUCUGGUGUAUUUGAGAUUUUGCAAAAGUACACAAGUUAAUAUCGUAGUGAUAGGCAAUACUUGGAACAUCAAAAAAGAAGAAAUCAUUAUAUAAUUAGUUACGUAUUCAAUUCGAUAUUAUGAUCGCUGAUUCAUAACGACUGUUUAGCAUGAUAUAUAGUUUCAUGUUAGUGAGAAAAAUCAAUAAACGGUCUGUUUAAAUAAAAUUACUUUCACAAGAAGUAGAUUAUUCAUUAACUCUUGCUUCUUAGGCUGAGCGGUUAAUAAUAUUUUAAUUGUCUAUGAUUCUGUUCGAAAUAAUUUGGUAGAACAUGAUUGUAUGACUCAUGGACAUUAUGUUGAUAAUCUGUUAGCGAACAUCAAAUAAUUUUGAUCCUACGAAUCAUUGUAAAGAAUAAAAAAGACCAAUUCGGAAAGAGAGAUGCUGCUGGUUUAACUCUGUAGUACUAGACUUGUGCGUCUCAUUCUCAUUUGUUUCUUUUUCUGUUGGUUACAGACGAGAUCCGAGUUGAAGCUGCCUCGUGUCAAUUUCUCAUCAAAUAUAUUAGGCUUUAACAAGCAGUAUAUCGGAGAAAGUCAAGCAAACCUAAGAAAGUUUUCUUGAAAGUGUGAGAAUGAAGAGAGGACCGGUGAUCAGUUACGAUUUUGAUUUUGUACCGUUUACUUCUUGACAUUUUCCUUUUCGAUACCUAACAAUCAAGCAUUCUCAAGGUGAGAUAUGAUGUUUAGGGGAGAGUGAGUGUUCUUUUUCUAAUGGACAAAUAACCAUGAUUGUUCUGAAAUUAUUUGGAAACAAAGAAAACACUAUGAUACUUGUCAUUUUUCUUUCUAUACAACGAAUUUAUCUAUUGCAUUAGCAUGAACACUGUCACUCACGAGCUCGUGUCUUGAUCACAUGUUCAUUGUCAUUUCAAGUCAUAAAACUGUCUAUGUUUCUGAAAACUGCGUCUUGAGUUUCUUUACAAGAUAGUAUGAACAAUAUGGGAAAAUAUCUUUCAUCAGUUUGAACUGAUGCAUUCGCUCACAAAAGAAAAAUGAUCAGUACUUUCUUCAGUAAUCUCUAAUAAAGUAUUUCCGUAUAGAGAGCCUGGUCCUAAUUCGAUCAGUAAUUCUAGUGCUUUUUGAGAAAGAAAUUGAUAUCUUGGCUCCACGAUAUUCCUUUGAGCUCAUCUUUUUUUCUGGGAUAGAGUCAUCGACACUCUACAUGUCUGCCGUUUUUUUCAAAAUUAAUUAUUUGUAAAUGAAUAAUACCGAUUACAAAAACGCUGAGUUGACACUUUUACUCGCUCUGUUGAUGA